GCCUUGGCCCCCUGUGUCAUCUCCCUUCUGUUAUCCUCUGGCAGCUUCCUUGCAUCUUAUUUGUCCCCAAGCCAUGUCCAGGGUGCCCUUGACCCUUGCCUGCUACAUUCUGUCAGCUUCCUUUGCCCAGGCUCCUUUAGGGUGUCUCCCACCCUACAGCUGAGAGGAGGAGGUGACAAGGGGAACUUAACCUGGGCCCCUCCCUGUAGGAGUCCCUGUGCCAGCCCCACCACAUCCUGGAAGAGGAGGGGGCCCCGGGAAGGGGCCUCCCCUACAUCGCUGCUGUCAUCCAUGCACUGCUGGAACGGCCUUAGGGGUUGAGGUCGGGGUGCAGGGCCCGACCCGGCGGGAACCCCAGGAACAGAGAAGACAGCCACACCUGGGCUCUGCUCUCUAGCGAGGACUGGUGAGGGCGGCCUCGGGCCUGGCCCUGUGCCUCGGGCACCUGUCUGCCCGGGAGCUUGGAAGCAGGCUGGCCCAGCAAGGCGCGAGGCCGCCUCUGGGCGUGGUCGAGGGUAUGGGAUGGAAGACUGGGGGCUGGGUGUCGUGUCACGUGCAAUAAACGGAAGCCGGAAGCCCUCUAGGUUGCCCCUUAGCUGUGUGUGUGUGUGUCUGCGAACGAGCGGUGUGUGCUGGGGACGGUGUAGCUUCCACGUGCGGGCGCCGCAGUUCCCUCUGGCCGUUUUCACCCUUCCGUGCGGCCCCGCUGUCCGCGCCGCCAGGAGGCGCUCGCGGGCUCCCGGCGGGACCGUGCGCCACGUGGCCCGGAAACGCGCUGGACGCCUGCGCCGCGAAGCCUUGAGAGGUGGGCCGCAAGCUGGGCGCGCAGGGCAGCGCGGGCCGCUGAGGGAGGCUGCGCCCGAGUGGGAGCCGGGAGGUGCCAGGCGGGCGGCGCGGGGCCCUGACCUGCCCUCCCCG